GUUUUGUUUCUAAGACAAAAUCUCAAUUUUAAUCAUGAAUUUAUAUGAGAAUAUUGUAUUUAUUGCCAUCAUGCGUCUGAAGAUGUGACUCUGCAAGGCGGAACUAUUAGGCAUUUUGUUUCCUUACGAGUAAAUAAUCAGUGAGCACACAGCAACAGCACGGAGAUGGCAGCCUUCCGGUCGGUGGUCCGAAGAAGAUUGAGUCAGACGCUUCGUUUAGUUUUGGCACCGCGCCGCCUCACCAGCUCCUUUAAGGCCGCCGACCUCGGCAUCGAGCGCAACCCGAAAUGCGCGCCCAAGCCCGACCCGUCCUCGCUGGUGUUCGGGAAGCAGUUCUCGGACCACAUGCUGACCGCGCGGUGGACGGCUGACGGCGGCUGGGAGGCGCCACGUAUCCAACCCUUCCAGAACAUUUCGCUGCACCCAGCCAGCUCUGCUCUGCACUACUCCAUCGAGCUGUUUGAAGGCAUGAAGGCAUUCCGCGGCGCGGACGACCGCGUGCGUCUCUUUCGGCCGAUGCUCAACAUGGAGCGCAUGCACCGCAGCGCCGAGCGCAGCUGUCUGCCCACAUUCGACAAAGGUGAACUGCUGGAGUGCAUCAAGAAGCUGGUGGAGUUGGACCAGGAGUGGGUUCCAUACUCCCAGGAUGCCAGCCUCUACAUUCGGCCCACCUUCAUCGGUACUGAGCCGUCGCUGGGCGUGACUCGGGCCAGCCAAGCCUUGCUGUUCGUAAUCGUGGGCCCGGUGGGACCGUACUUCGCCACGGGCGCCUUCAACCCCGUCUCGCUGCUGGCCGACCCGUCGUUCGUGCGGGCCUGGAAGGGGGGAGUCGGCGCCUACAAGAUGGGAGGGAACUACGGUCCAACCAUCGCAGUUCAGAAUGAGGCAGUUCAGCGCGGCUGCCAGCAAGUUCUGUGGCUCUACGGCGACAACGAGGAGAUCACCGAGGUCGGCACCAUGAACCUCUUCAUCUUCUGGACCAACCAAAACGGAGAGAAAGAGUUGGUGACACCGCCUCUGGACGGCAUCAUCCUUCCCGGAGUCACCAGACAGUCUCUGCUGGACCUGGCCCGUACCUGGGACGAGUUCCAAGUGACAGAGCGCACGAUGAGCAUGAAGGAGCUGCUGGGCGCUGUGGACGCCGGCCGGGUUCUGGAGGUGUUUGGCGCCGGAACCGCCUGCGUGGUGUGUCCAGUGGGCAGCCUCCUCUACAAGGGCCAGACAUACAACAUCCCAACCAUGCAGAACGGACCCGACUUGGCCAAGAGGUUCUACAAAGAGCUCACCGAUAUCCAGUACGGACGUAAGGCCAGCGAAUGGGCGCCUGUGGUGGCUUAAAUAAUUAUUUGCACAAGGCAGUAGAAUCAACAGUUACAUCCCAUAAUUCCUCUUUGGACCACCAGUAAUCCCCCUCUGCUCUCUUUCUCUUUUCUUACAUAUCUAAAACCACUAAUGCACUCCUGCCACUCCACAGAGACAAGAGACUGUAGCCAGUGGUCUUGGAGCAAUAUGAACUGUAUGCAACAACACAGCUUGACUUUAUGAAUAGACUGUAAUAUAGCACAAUGUUACUCCUUAUUAAGACGGUAGUUGUAGCUCAGUGAUGAGCUGCAUUGCGGUGUGGUGCUUUUUUUUUUUUUUUUACUGUUACUGUGGACGGACGAAAGGGGCCAUUUUGCACUCAAAGCCAGGUAGGACAAGCGGCUGCACAGACAAAGACCCUAAAUGUGGAGAUUUAUUAGUGCGAGCAAAUGUUAGCCGCCUGCAUUGCUUUUGUUUUUUCCAUGUUUUUAAAUGAUAUAUUGUCUGAAAUGAAAUGAGUUGAGCCGUCUUCAGUGUGCCCUCGUCAAGUGCCUGCUGACCACCAUUGGUUGGUCAGCGUGUCUUCCGCGGAAUAUUCUCCAUGAAAUGUCCCUUUUCUCUUUGUAUGUGCUGUUUACAGCUAGUCUGCAUUAUUUUUACAUUAAAGCCCAUUUGUGUCCA